AGUUAUUUUUGAAAAUAAAUCAACAUAGCAAAACAAGUAGAAAACAUUAGUUGUUCAUUUUAUCCUGAGCUAUUUUGAACAACCAUUAUGGAAAGCUAUGGAAGAUUACGAAAAACAAUUCCCAAGGAGACAAAUUCCAUGUCCAAAUUUGUUCGGGAAUUCAAUGAGAAAAAAACCGAUGGAGAAUUUCGCAAAGCUGAAAGUAUGCUUCCACCCAACAUGACGACAACAGCAAGUCUGUUUCCGUCUAUGUCAAAAUUGUCACUAAAACGACCACCCCUUAAAUUGGCUCCAAUCUUCAAUAAAGAUAAUUUUCCACGAAAUAAAAGAAAACAAUCAACUACUACAGGGGUAGUUAAAGAUUUUGGCGAAGUUGAAUAUCUUCCGCCACCAAGGAAGAAACCACUUUUAGAAAGAAGUCAGUCAUCGCAAUUGACACAAUCAUCAAAACAGCAGAUAACACCAAGUAGAUCAAGACCUGAGAGGGAAAAUGUUUUCAUCACCGGAAGUGUUCCGUUUGUAUUGAGAAAUUUCAAAUUAUAUCCAGAUAUGAAGGCGUUAUAUGAAGUGUAUGGAAAUAUAAUGAAAAUAACGAAAAGUAAAAUAAGAUUUGAGCACAUUAUUCUAUUGCGGAGUGAAUCGGGACCAGUUUUGCAAGGAUUCUAUUAUGAUUUUGAAAAUAUUUUGCUAAAUUUUCCAACGGCAAGUUUGGUGCGUUGCGUUGGAAAUUUUAACUUUCAAAACCGCUUUCAUAUACACAAAAUCGAGCUAAUUCCAAUAGAACCUCAAGAUGCAGAACUUAACAGAAUACAAAAUGUAUCCGCGUUUGCUUUAUUGCAAAGUCAUAACGAUAUAAUAAAAUAAAUUUAAACAAUUUCAUUAACAUUUUAUAUAAGCUUUAAGUUUAAUUGUUAAAUAUUUUUUUUUUAAUAAAUUUAAAUUAUGUUGAAUAAAAAAAAAUUAAAUAAUGUUAACAAACAAAAAAUGUUUACAACCAAACCUAACAUAAAUAUAUUGUUAACUAAUAAUAACUAUUUACUUAAGC